AUGGCUGAAUUCGUGUUGGAACAUGACGAAACGGACGGAAUUGACGAUUUCUUUCGAGAAUUCAAAGAGCGAGUGUCUGGGACAAACUCCAUUGACUUUGACUCCACUUUCGCAACGAAACAAGGAUACGCUGCUCUGGUGACCGACACCGAGAUUGCCAUCAACCGCUGCACCCUCAACUGGUGCAAGCUGUUUUACACAUACCUGCUACAUUGGGCGCUGGCAAUGCUAAAUGGCAGCCCAGGGGCGAGACUUUACCUCUCUCUCAAGUCACUGCUCGACAAAAAGGAGGUUGCUGAUGACACAAUGGCGGUAAACCAUGCGCUGUGGCAGGCCAUCACUGCAUUUAAUCAUCCAGUUGAGAUGCAAAAGGCGAUGACCCGGUCGGACACAUUUCAAUCUCCCACGGGUUACCCAACACGACCUGACACGAAGCUGCCAGCAAAAUCAGAAGAGAAAAGACUGGUGUACCCUCCACCACAGACGCAGAAACAUUUGGUCAAGUUGUCACCACACCGAUCUCCGCAGAGCCAGCCACUGCCAUCAACUCAACCGCCACGUACCCAAUCAUCAUCGACUGUUGCACAUCCAAGUGAACCGUUGCCUACAACGGAAUUAUCUGAUAAAGCAGAAGGAAAACGACCGAUGCGACCUCAGUCACCAGCAGGUGAAGGACCGGCAUUUGACGAUAAGCUGGAACGGUUUAUAUCACAGCAUCCGGAGAAGGCUGCAACUGCAUCACCACUCAAGAAAAUCCGAACGGGCACGGGAACCCAAAAGGAUGUGAGAGGAACGCCUGCUGAAGUUAUCGAUAUGCAGAGAUCUACAGUGGUCUCUGGAUUUCAACCAAUCAACGCAUCAAGGACAAGCAGUCGAUCUGCCAAGGACAUACGACGGGUUCCUCCACAAGAGACUAGGAGAUUUGCACCUGUGAGGGCUUCGAGCUCCUCAUACUCCUCAGAAUCAUUGAACAGUGAGGGAAAUGGAUCGAAAAGAAGGCAACCGCAACGGCAGGCUUCCCAACGACCUACCUAUGAUCUGGAAUUGCCAGCCGAAUAUGAGAGUACCUUGAGGCGGAAGAGACGAUUGUCGUCUACUGAUGACUCGGACUACAGCCCACCUCCGUAUAUGUCUGGAGGGUUGACGUGA